AUGAGUACCUCCGGGGGAUCCAUCGGAUGCAGAAUUCGAAAUUUGGCCUUUAAUUGUUGCACCAAACUAGCCUACAAGAACAGGUUCCUUACACGAGCUAUAAACAGACGGCUGGGAAAAAUGGCGGACGAGGAAGAGAGAGCCCUUGCGGCCGCGGGGAAGGACGAAAACGGCGACUCAAUAUUUGGAAAAAUCGCCAGGAAAGAAGUGAAGGUGGAUCUGGUGUACGAAGACGACAAGGUCCUCGCCUUUAACGACAUCAACCCGCAGGCACCCGUGCACAUCCUUGUGAUCCCCAAAAUGAGGGACGGGCUAACGAGGCUCAGCAAGGCGGAGGAGAGGCACAAAGACAUCCUGGGGCACAUGAUGUGGGCGGUUUCCGAAAUCGUGAGGAAGAACAACCUGGGAGAUUUCCGCCUGGUUGUGAACAAUGGGCCCGAGGCCUGUCAGUCGAUAUACUACCUGCAUCUGCAUAUCUUGGCCAAACGGCAAAUGAAGUGGCCCCCUGGAUGA